AUGCGGAUGCUGAAAUGGUUCUUGUUCUUGCCUCUGUGCCUCUCCUGCGGCUGUGCCUUUAUGUUUUCUUCUCUGAGAGAUAAAGCCAAAGAACCCCAGGGGAAGGUGCCUUGCGGGGGGCACUUUCGAAUUAGGCAGAAUCUACCAGAGCAUGCCCAAGGCUGGCUUGGGAACAAGUGGCUCUGGCUUUUUUUUGUUGUUGUGCUAUAUGUGAUACUGAAGUUUCGAGGAGAUAGUGAGAAGAGUAAGGAGCAGAAUCCUAGCCUUCGAGGCUGUUCAUUUCGCACUCCAGUAAAGAAAAAUCAAAACGCUUCCCCCAACAGAGACUAUGCGUUCAGUACCUUAACCCAGCUCGAGAUGGACCUUGUGCAGUUUGUGUCCAAGGUGCGGAAUCUGAAAGUUGUCAUGGCAACUGGCAGUAACCUCAGGAUUCAGAACGUAGAGGUGCCCGCAGACCCACAAAAUAACAUCACGAUAUACGAGAUAUGGGGCGAAGAGGACUCCGAGUGA